UUCGUAACAUCCUAUGUAAUGGCAGAAUGUUUAAUUUCAUAAAGGACUUCUUAUCGGAUAGAUCAUUCCAAGUGAAAAUCCACAAUUAUCUAUCCCCUUCCUUUAGUCAACAAAACGGUGUCCCCCAAGGGUCUACUAUAUCAGUCACCCUAUUCCUUAUCGCUAUAAACGAUAUAUGUGAGAACAUUAAAUUUCCAGUGCAAUCUACACUUUUCGCAGACGAUCUAAACAUCCUUUGCAGAGGAAAAAACCCAAAUUCUAUCCAACCAGCUCUACAGGAUACAAUUGACUCAUUAUUAGAAUGGUCUUCCAAAACCGGUUUUACGUUCUCUGCCACAAAAUCUCGCUGCUCCCUCUUUACCAGGUUCAGAAAAUACAACAAUUUAGAAGUACAUUUAAACAACACUCCAAUACCAUACACCAAAACCAUUAAGAUCCUCGGAAUUACCUUUGACAACAAGAACACAUGGCAGGCCCACUUGAAAGAAAUUAGAAAAGCAACUUUAAUAAAAUUGAACAUCAUCAAAUUAUUAGCUCACACUACGUGGAGAGCAAACGGAACUACUCUCAAACAAAUAUAUAAAUCUCUCAUUCUGUCCAAAUUGGAAUAUGGUGCUUUCCUCUACAUCGACGCCAAACAAUCUGCACUCAAAAUGAUAGAGACUAUUCACAACUCGGGUCUAAGACUUGCCACAGGUGCAUUCCGUUCUAGUCCGAUUUCAAGCAUUCUCAAUAUAGCAAACACACUUCCUCUUGACCUAAGGAGAAUGCAAAACUUUGCACUUCAAGAAGCUAGAAGAAUACAAAACAACAUUACCUCAAACUUAGAAAACUCAAUAAAACUCAACAACUUCGAGUUCAAUUGUUCAGGAAUAUUCAAACAUGAGCAUGCUACCACUCCUCCUUGGUUAAUGGAACUACACUUCAAUACUGAUCUUUCUCAACACAUCAAAAGUGAGACCAUGGACUAUACUUUUAGAAAUCUGACACUUUCUUUACUCGAAGACUACCAGGAUUACACCAAGUUUUACACCGACGGAUCCAAAACCGAAAUAGGGGUAGGGGCAUCGGUAUACUUCAACAACACAUCCAAAAUGAUCAAAUUCCCCGAUUUCUGCUCAAUCUACACAGCAGAAGCAUAUGCGAUCUACCACGCACUUGAAACAAUUCAACAACUCAAUAUAGAUAAAGCGAUCAUAUUAAGCGACUCUCUUAGUACUAUAAACAGCAUCUGCAACAUAAACCAACCAAACGCCAUAUCCAGUAUGAUUCAAAAUCGAAUUGCUCUUCUAAAUCACAACAACCAAGACGUAAUGCUGCUAUGGAUUCCUAGCCACACCGGAAUCCAUGGCAACGAAACAGCAGACACCUACGCUAAAAGAGCUAUAACCUCCCCUGAAGCUUCCUUAGUGCAAAUUUGUUCUCUGGGAGAUAUCAAGGGAGCAAUACAGUCCCUGACGUUGCAACAGUGGCAACAUCGAUGGACAUCAUCACAUACAAAGUUAAACGAAAUCAAACCUUCCAUAAACCCUUGGCCAACACACACUUCCAAGAGACGCCACGAAGUCAUAAUUAAUAGACUCAGAAUCGGGCACACGUGGCUUACACACAGCUUUCUCAUGAGACACGACGAUCCCGCCCAAUGCACAACCUGCGGAGAAGCUCUAACUAUCAAACACGUCCUUCUACACUGCCGAAAUUUUACAGAUACCAGAACCUCCUUAAACAUUCCAGAACACCUCUACGAAGCACUUGGACCGGAUUAUGAAAAUUCCAUUAAUAUUCUAACUUUCCUAAAAAUAACCAAACUUUAUAACCUCAUAUAAUUUCAUAUGUUUUCCUAGAUAUUCCCCUACUUUAAUUACACAUACCAUGAAUAAUUUUAUUGUAAUAUUGUAAAAUGUAUUGUAAAUUGUAUUGUAAAUUUGUAUUGUUAAAACAAAUGUUAAUUUUGUAUUGUAAAUUGUACCUGUAUACAUAAGUAAAAUUUUUUUAAAAUAUGUAAGCUAAUAACCUUAGUUGUUGAGGCUUUAAAGUAAUAAAAAA